AGAUCCGAUGAAGCGCGAGCUGCUCGGUGAAGCCGCACGCGGGGCCUUUUUUUAUUUGUGUGUCUCGCGGAGGGAAAACAAGUUUUGCAGUAAAACGAGAAAAGAAAACAAACAAGGAGAAGACUUUACGCCACUUAACGUUAUAUUUGUUUGUUCGCCGAUGGGAACGGAACGGAGGUGAAACCACGGAUCUGCUUUCCUCACAUCUACAGUGUCACCCAGCAGGAGCCCUGAGGCCUCACUUCGUUGUACCUCUUUAAAGUUCGGAUCUCUUCUACCUCGCUGCGCUUUCGUCUCGGAGAUGCCCGUCAGUGACAGGAAACAUUUUCACGCCGUGUUUCGGCGGUGAGAAAUGUGACCGGGGACAGAAAAAAGGAGCCGAAGCUCGGUUUGUUUGUUUUUGUCUCCUUCCUACCACCCGGACCCCGCCACAGAGAGAGGGGCCAAGAUGGCCGACAACAGCCCGCCGCCACCAGCCUCGCCGCGCUCCUCCCCACUCCUUACCCAGCACGCCGCCCCGCCCACGCCGUCCCCCAGCCCGCCGGCCACGCUCUGCAGCCGGCUCUCCGACAGCAGCCCGACGGCCCCCAGCCCCACCGGCUCCCGGGGGUCCGUCCACGGGGUCUCCUUCCUGGUCCAGAUCGGCCUCACCAGGGAGACCGUCACCCUGGAGGCCGGAGAGCACUCGCUGGCCGCCGUCAGGGAGCUGGUGUGCUCCAUCGUGGACCACAAGUUUCCCGAAUGUGGAUUUUUCGGGAUGUACGAUAAGAUCCUCCUCUUUCGCCACAACCUGAACUCGGACAACAUCCUGCAGCGCCUGAGCUCAGCGGAGGAGAUCCACGAGGGCGACCUGGUGGAGGUGGUUCUCUCCGCUCUGGCCACAGCCGAGGACUUCCAGAUCCGACCCCACACGCUCUACGUCCACUCCUACAAGGCGCCGGCCUUCUGCGACGACUGCGGGGAGAUGCUGUGGGGCCUCGUGCGGCAGGGCCUCAAGUGUGAGGGAUGUGGGCUGAACUACCACAAACGCUGUGCGUUCAAGAUCCCCAACAACUGCAGCGGCGUGAGGAAGCGCCGUCUGUCCAACGUCUCGCUGCCGGGCGCCAUCGCCCGCCCGCCGUCCACCGAGUUCACCCCCGUGCCGCAGGACGAGCGCCCCCUGCUGGGCGCCGCAAAGCGGAACUCGCUGCUGAGUGGCCGUCCCAUCUGGAUGGAGAAGAUGGUGCUGGGCCGGGUCAAAGUGCCCCACACCUUCUCCGUCCACACCUACACCCGUCCCACCAUCUGCCAGUUCUGCAAGCGCCUGCUGAAGGGCCUCUUCCGCCAGGGCAUGCAGUGCAAAGAUUGUAAGUUCAACUGCCACAAGAGAUGUGCGGCCAAAAUCCCUCGUGACUGCCUCGGGGAGGUGGACUUCAACGGAGAGCCGGCGUGUCCCGGCCCGGACUCCGAGUCCACCAUGGAGGUGGACGGCUGCGACGCCGGCAGCCUGGACGAGCAGGACGACAAGCUCUUCUUCACCGAGGGACCCGAGAGGGACGACGAGACGCUCCGAGCCAUCAGCCCGUGCACCAGCAGCAACAUCCCUCUGAUGCGAGUGGUUCAGUCCAUCAAGCACACCAAGAGGAAGAGCUGCACCCUGGUGAAGGAGGGCUGGAUGGUGCACUACACCAGCAGGGACAACAUGAGGAAGAGACAUUACUGGCGGCUGGACAGCAAAAGUCUGACGCUUUUCCAGAACGAAAGUGGAGCCAAGUUUUACAAGGAGAUCCCCCUGUGCGAGAUCCUGCGGGUGGAGGCGCCUCUGGACCCGGGCGGGCUGCCGGGGGGCGCCAAACCGCCCUGCUUCCAGGUGAUCACGGCCCACGUGGUGUACUACGUCGGGGAGGACGGCCCCCCACCCAACAACCCCGUGCUGGCGCCGAGCGGCGCGGGGCGCGAGGUGGGCCGCAGCUGGGAGAAGGCCGUCCGGCAGGCCAUGAUGCCCGUCACGCCCAAGGCCAGCGGGGGCGGCGCCGGGCCCGGCCAGGGGCGGGACCACAAGGACGUCUCCGUCAGCAUAUCAGUGUCCAACUCCCAGAUCCAAGAGAACGUGGACAUCAGCUCGGUGUACCAGAUCUUCGCCGACGAGGUCCUCGGCUCCGGUCAGUUUGGGAUCGUCUACGGAGGUAAACACAGGAAGUCCGGCAGGGACGUGGCGAUCAAAAUCAUCGACAAAAUGAGGUUCCCCACCAAGCAGGAGAGCCAGCUGAGGAACGAGGUGGCCAUCCUGCAGAACCUGCACCACCCGGGCAUCGUCAACCUGGACUGCAUGUUCGAGACCCCCGAGCAGGUGUUCGUCGUCAUGGAGAAGCUCCACGGCGACAUGCUGGAGAUGAUUCUGUCCAGCGAGAAGAGCCGCCUGCCCGAGCGCCUCACCAAGUUCCUGGUCACACAGAUCCUGGUGGCCCUCAGACAUCUCCACUUCAAGAACAUCGUGCACUGUGACCUGAAGCCGGAGAACGUCCUGCUGGCCUCUGCGGAGCCCUUCCCUCAGGUGAAGCUCUGCGACUUCGGCUUCGCCCGCAUCAUCGGCGAGAAGUCGUUCCGGCGCUCGGUGGUGGGCACCCCGGCCUACCUGGCCCCCGAGGUGCUGCGCAGCAAAGGCUACAACCGCUCCCUGGACAUGUGGUCGGUGGGGGUCAUCGUCUACGUCAGCCUGAGCGGCACCUUCCCCUUCAACGAGGACGAGGACAUCAACGACCAGAUCCAGAACGCCGCCUUCAUGUACCCGUCCAACCCGUGGAGGGAGGUGUCCGAGCACGCCACGGACCUCAUCAACAACCUGCUGCAGGUGAAGAUGAGGAAGCGCUACAGCGUGGACAAGUCGCUGAGUCACCCCUGGCUGCAGGACUAUCAGACCUGGCUGGACCUCCGGGAGUUUGAGACGCGGCGCGGCGAGCGCUACAUCACCCACGAGAGCGACGACGCCCGCUGGGAGGAGCACGCCGACGAGAGAGGCCUCAGCUGCCCCAAACACUUCAUCAUGUCGCCCAACCUGGACGACAUGGACGAGGACCCCUAGGGCCCCCCCGCCCCCCCCUCCAACGGGUAGAGACAUUGACAUUGGAAGAGACGUCCUGAGAAGUUUUAUGAAAAAACAUUUGUCCUUUCACUGAGAUUUUUUUUUCUACGAGCCAUAAUGGAGCCAAAGGCUGGAGGGAAUUUUUUACCCCCAAAUUAAAUAUUGUAGCUGCAGAACGGCGACUCACUAAAGAACAAAUCCAGAACCUUCUUGGACUUUUUCAGCUCAAACUAGUAUUCUUGAUGACGUCGUCGUUGCGUUUCAGAUCUCCUGAGGAUGUGCAGACUUUCUAUUUGAUGCUGACCAGCAGAAAAACGUGACGUUGUGAUUACGAUCUGAAUAUAAGCUCCGUCCUCUGGAUGUUCCCUGUUGGGAGGUCUUUGCACUAUUGAGAAACUCCUUAAAAAAGGAGAGUUCACUACUCAUAACUUUUUAGCUUUGUUCAUCUGCAAAAACGUGAACUUGAUGCUGACAAACCAAACAACUGUCAAGUAAAAAUACUGUGUUCCACGUAGCAUCGUCACUCGCUAACCGUAGCAUGCUAACAUGUCAAUCCUUUGGCUUGUUAAAAGAAGCUCAGAGAAUAAGAGCAGCAUUUUAGUGACACGCUGUUAGUAUCCGUCUGUUAUUAUGAGAGCCAGUGUUUAUUUAUGCAGAGAAACAAAUGUAUGAAGUUAUUUCCAGUGAAUCUAUUUGGAUGAAGAUCAAGCUGCUAUCGGAUCCCAGCCUGAGAAUUCAUUUCACACCUUUUAUAUUUUUGCAAGAAAUUUGUCACGUGGACAAUUUUUAAUGGGAAAUUAUUAAAUCGUUUUCUUUGAUAUUUAA